AGCGUCAGAAGCCAUGAUGCAUGUAGUGUGUGUGUACUGCAGCUGGAGUGGGCCCCAGACCAGAGAAGAGCGGUAAAGAAUCUACCUCACUGGGAAUGUCAUCAUUACCAACUUCAGACGGACUUGCCCGUCCAGCCCAUUCCUCAGGACCAGGUCCUGAAAUUGGUGACCCUCCGAGGCUCGCUUGCUCUGCCUCUGCCUCAGCCUGCCCUGUCGAGCCCAGUGACCCAGGCAGCAUGGAACCUAAAGCUGGAAAGGCUCUGAGGGCUUCAGCUGAAUUCCAGACGAACUCGGAACAGAAGGAUCUCCUUCCUCUACAGUCGCUCCCUGGUCUUGCUUCCUCAGCGGACCAGGGUCCAGCUAUGCCUUUGCCUCAUGCGUCUGAAGAAGUGGCCCUUAGAGGUAAUCUGGAGAAAUCUGCUGAAGGAAGCUGCCAGGGCCUCAGACUUUGUCUCCGUACAAGACAGGAAGCCAGUGUGUCUGUCACCACUGCUAGGAUGCAUGAACCACUGAUGCUUGUAGACAAAAAGGGUUGUCGCCCAGAAAAUCAGAGCCUGCACCAACUCAAUGGCCUUCGGCAGCACACCGAACCAGGGAAUAAACAGCAGGAGGCUCCUGGUGACCGAGGGCAUCUUCGUGACCUGGGGGACCUUCGACUUCCUGAAGGGAAGCAACAGGAUCAGCAGCAAAUUGUUGGUUUGAAGGCUUUUCUGAGAGGAGACGGGCUGCAGCAGAACGCAGAUCUGCCAAGCACAGAGAAGAGCUUCCUACCUCCAGGACGCUUUGGCCCCUCGAAUUCAGAAACGCGUAUGGAACUAGAUGUGGUGGAACGGCCUGUAGUUGCCGUGCUUAAGGCAGCAGGCAGUCAGAAUGCCAGCGUCGAGAACACUGCCACGUCUCGUCUCACUCCGGAUAACCCCCUGAUGGAAGUGGAAGCAUCACAGUGUGGCCCUUCACCUGAAAGUGUGAAUAAUUCCGUUUGCACUCAGGAUUCACAGCCUCCAGAAAGUAACGUUGAGAUGCCUGGAACAAACCCUGACUGUGGCAGCAGCCUCCCCUCUCUCAGUCGCUGUGGCGGCUGCCAGCCCUCUGUCAGGGCCACGGAAGAGUCUCGUUCAUCUGUAUCAGCAGCCUUGAGAGAACUUCAUGAACUUUUGGUCAGUAGUAGUAAGCCAGCUCCAGAAAACACAUCUAAAGUUGUCUGUCAGUCACAAACAGCACCCGAGGGCCAAACAGACUUUCCAGAAGGGUGGACUCAGAGUGGCUGUCCGCCCCACAGCGAACUGUGUCCACAAGUCUCCUGUCACCAGGCCAGAUCUGCAUCAGUGAAGACGGAAAGCUUCGGCGCUACGCCUCGCACUGGAACAGAAGACACAGAAAGUUUUGGCUCCCGGCGUCCAGGUGAUGGCCUGUCAGCUGACAAGGAAGGUGUCCCCGGAUCUCGAGAGUCAGUGAGUGAGAGCGUUUCUGUCACUAUAACUUCAUCUGAAUCAUCUAAUCACUUACACUGCACCUUAGGUGUCGAAACUUCACCCAGUCUCACAGCCAGUGAGGAAGAUGCCCUCAGUCAGACUGCUGAGCACACUGAGUCUUUGCCACCUGGUUUCAUACUGGUUAAAGACCUGGGUCGGGGCAUGCAGAAUCCAGUAACGGACAGGCCCGAAACCAGAGAAAAUGCCUGUCCUGACACUGCGAGGCCAUUUCUUGAAUUGGAACCGCCUACCAGCCGUCCCUCAUCAAGUCUUUCCCUUCUUUCACCCUUAAUUUUUCCCGCCACAGAUAUUGACCGGAUUCUCCGGGCUGGCUUUACUUUGCAGGAAGCUCUCGGGGCUUUGCAUCGAGUGGGUGGAAAUGCAGACCUUGCACUUCUUGUUUUGCUAGCUAAGAACAUUGUAGUUCCUACGUAACCACGGGAAAGUGGGCUAGACCGUCCUCCGAUCCCUUUAAGAGGAAGAAACAAAGCGCGCCCUUUCUGUACAAUACACCCUCUCCACAUACACCGUCGAUCCAGAAACCUGCGAGCAGAAUGUCGAGCCAGAAUUUUUUUAAAGGUUUUUUUUCGGCCAAAGUAAUUUAUGAUCUCUUGUCUGAUGAAUUUGUCUAUUCUACUUGUUAAAUUUUGGCCUUUUAAAAUGUAUUGGCAGUAUGUGCAUACGAAGCUUUUUAUUCUCAUUAAGGUGAUGUGUCCUGGAAUAAAAUGGAUGGUUUUGUCUGUAGCAUAACAUUGUAGAAUUGAGAGUGAAUGCUUUGAAAAGCAGAGGCCGUGAGAAACCUGCCACCCGUGCAGUUCCACACGGACGAACUUCCUGCCACGGCCGUCUCUGCAACAGGCAGGGUGCGGCUUGUCAGCUCAGUCAUCAGUGGGAAAACUUCUGACCGUGCCGCUUGGUGUUUGGAGUUUUACACAGGGUCUGCGUGUUGUGACUCACCCGUUACAACGACGUUGAAGAAAAACUGAAUAAGGUAUUCUAGGGUGCUGUGCUUUUAUUUGUGUGCUCAGGACUUGACAUUUUAACAGUGAGCGGGAUUAAAGCUCGAGCCACUCUGCACUACACACUACUGUGUGCGUGGGUUCCACUGGGUGGGAGGUCUUAGAAUUAACUGCAGAGCGAAACUUGGUGCUGCCCAGAACAGAGAAGGGAAGGGAAAGAAAGGCCCCGCGUGAUUCCGUCUGCAAAUGUCAAGGGCUGUGCAAGGCAGGCAGUGGCCUAAAAACUGGGAUGUACUGAGGAUUGGGUUUGCUAGCGUCUCCCUGAUGACACCUCAGCCCUUAGUGACGAGCGCAGAUCUAGCUACGUGGGUAGAUCGCCAGCAGCUCACUCCCUUUCCAGACUCGCCUUGUGCUGGGAGGUUCUCCAGAGCGCCACCGGCUGUGAUCCGAGGGAGACGUGGAACUGUGGUAAUCUCGCCACGGGUUCAUCGUGUGCUUAGCGUGGUCAGUCUGGUGUCAGUCGUGGCGGUGAAGAUAGUCGUUUCUGACUUCAGUGGCCUUGGUAGUUUUCCAUCCCUUUCUUUCCUCAGGAGUUUCUUUUUAAGCAAGAUUCAUGUUUGUGUUUACCAUGUCAAAUUAGAGUGGGGCAAAAUAUAUAGAACUAUUUAUUGUGGCCUUUUUUUUUUUAAUAUAAGGAGUAGCCCUUGGAAGUCAUUGUCCUGUGGGCCCCACUGUGCAAUAACCCUACUGGAUAGGUUGUAGAUAAUUCUUUCCUAGAAAAUGAACUAUUCUUUUAGGUACCUAGCAGGAUUCUGAAAUCUUGGGGGUUUUGUUUGUUUGUUUGUUUUUAAAAAUUUUGAGGGACUGGGGAUUUAGCGCAGUGGCGCCACCUCCUGCCUCACAGGCUUAAGGUCCGGGAUUUCAAUCCCCUGAUACCAAAAAAAAGAAAAGAAUUUUGAAAGCCAGGCGUGGUGGUUAUGCCCACCUGUAAU